UCAACAAAAGGGGAAAAGAAGAAUCAGAUGAGACCACGAGGUUUUACUGAGGUCACCGAACACAUGCAACCAAACACUUCCAGAAUCAUUUCCACGGAAAAGAGGCAGAUCACAAUCUCUCCCAAAUCGUCUAAUGCUGCUGUGGGGGAAACCACAGAGGUAAUCUUUCACGCUCUUCCCAGGAGAAAAAACAUUUCCCCGCUUUAGGCAACAUCGAUCACGCUGAAGGGGCUGCUGUGUUUCAUCUUGGGCACUCGGUGUUCACGAUUUCACUCGGCCUCCCACAGAGAGAAAAACGACCCCACAGGUAGCAAGACAUCAUGACGUCAUCACGGAUCUUGAAAAUACUAUGUGUGUAUUUGCUCUCUGGAGCUCUGGUACUUUCUCAAGAGCUUGACUAUCUCGAUUACAACAUAGAGGACAACUCUUCGCUCGAAGUUCCUCGACAAUCUGUAACUCAACAACCUGAUUACGAUGCCCAAAUAAUGUAUUCGUACGAAUGUGCCAGUGAAUGUUUCUGCCCCGCAUCUUAUCCAUUUGCCAUGUAUUGCGACCACCGAAAACUCAAGGCGAUUCCCAACAUCCCAAGACACGUCCGCCACUUGUACAUUCAGCAUAACGACAUAGAAGAGAUAACUUCAAAGCCUUUCAUUGAUGCCACGUCCCUGAGGGAAAUCAACCUCAGCUACAAUAAGCUCCAGUCAUCUAAGGUGGAUAAAGAUGUUUUCAAUAUACUCAAAGAACUCAUUCAGUUACACCUUGAGCAUAAUAAUCUGGAAGACGUUCCUUCUCCUUUGCCAAAAAGCCUUACAAGACUUCAUUUGGGCUUCAAUAAAAUUUCAAAGAUACCGGCUGAAGCUACACGAGAGCUUACUAAACUUACAGUGCUGGAUUUGUGCAGCAACAGAAUAACAGAUGCAGGUAUUAAAGGAAAGAUCCUAUCUGGCAUGAAGAGCCUCGUGCAAAUCAACAUGUGCAACAAUAAGCUCAAGUCCAUGCCAACAGACCUUCCAGAAUCGAUUCAGCAGAUAUCGCUGGAAAACAACUUAAUAUCCACCAUACCUGAGGGCUACUUUAAGAAGACUCCCAAUCUCUUGUCCCUACGCAUGUCCCACAAUAAACUCAAAUCCGUUGCAUACCUUGCCUUCAACUUGUCCAAACUGAUGGAGCUCCAUUUGGGCCAUAACCAGCUCUCCAACCUGUUUUUUGUUCCCAGGACCUUGGAACAUCUGUAUCUAAAUCACAAUGACUUUAAAGAUCUGAAUAUCUCUCUUAUGUGUCCAUCUCUGGACCUUGGCAACCCUAACAUGCUGACCUUCAUUCGGCUCGACAACAAUAAGCUGAGAGGACCAGUGGACUACUAUGCUUACAGAUGUUUCCCGAGGCUGAUGAUGAUAUUUGACAGAAACCAAAGGAAGGAUGAUGACUCUGAACCCCAAAAAUAUGAAAAACCAAAAAGGCCUGGGGCAACAAGGCAAUCAAAUUAGAUUUUUGAGAUGCGUCACAGACUAUUCAUUAUCCAAAGUAUAAGAAUAAAACAGGAUUUAAAUAUUAUUAAACACACAUCAAGUAACUUUGAAAAUUCUAUUUCUUGCUGCUUGAACGUACUAUUUGAUUUUCUGCAUGCAUGUGUGUAUGCUUUGAUGCAUCUUAAAUCAGCAUAAAAUGUGGCUAAAAUCAUAAUUGCUAUUUACGGACAGUUCUGAUUCAACGUUUGCUUUGUUUUGCACAAUGUCACUUUUCUCUCCAUUAAUACAGUAAAAAGCAUGUAUCUACAUUAGUACAUUGCGCUGUAAUGCAUGUAAAUAUAAUAAACAACUGAUGAAAUUACUGCAAGAUGCUUUUGAAGAUAAAAGUGGGAUUCUCUCAUCCACAGAUGCCUUGUUUUGGCUGUGGAAACAGGCUUUUUACUCCUUGAUAAAUAUAAGCAGCACAGCACAAAGCUUCAUGUACUCGUUGUCUCCUAAUCAG